GCGGUACAGUGGACAAAAGAUUGGUCACAAUGAGCCUCACGUGUUUGCUAUUGCUGAGGCUGCAUAUAAUAGUCUCCAGUCUAUGGCUUGUAACCAGGCUUGCGUUAUCAGUGGAGAGAGUGGGGCAGGCAAAACUGAGAGCACCAAAUUCAUACUCCAGUAUUUGUGUACAGUUACAACUAAUGUCUCGACUUGGAUAGAACAACAAAUUUUAGAAGCCAACACUAUUUUAGAAGCUUUUGGUAAUGCAAAAACAGUUCGCAAUGACAACUCCAGCAGGUUUGGAAAAUUUAUUCAAGUAUGCUUUGACUCAAAUUAUCAAAUAAAAGGGUGUAUAAUUCAAGACUACCUUUUAGAACAGUCUCGUAUCACAUUUCAAUCUCUAGAAGAACGAAAUUAUCAUGUGUUCUAUCAGUUUGUUGCUGGGGCACAGAGAAAUGCAGAGCUGCGAGAACAUUAUAUGGUUGGUCCUCCUGAAUCCUAUUCAUACCUUAAUCAAAGUGGAUGUAUCAAAAUCAGUGGCAUUGAUGAUGCUGCCAUGUUUGAUGCUUUGCGUUUAGCUAUGUCAGUACUUAACCUUCCUCAAGAAAUGUGUGAUGGAAUCUUUAGUGUACUCAGUGCCAUAUUGUGGCUGGGAAAUCUUCAAUUUGCUGAUGUAGAUGGAGAAAGAUGUCAACUAACACUAGCUGAUGAAGAAGUGAUUAUGACUGCUGCAACAUUAUUAGGAGUGGAGCCAGAAGGGUUGACUCAAGUUACUCUACAGCGUCAAAUCAACGUUCGAGGGAAUGUUACCGAAAUUCCUUUAAAACUUAGUGAGGCUCAAGAUAACAGACAUGCUAUGGCCAAAGCUUUGUAUUCUCGGACAUUUGCUUGGAUUGUGAACUUCAUCAAUACUUGUACUAAUCCAGGUCAAGACAGCAAAAGAUUUUUAGGUGUUUUAGACAUCUUUGGUUUUGAGAAUUUCACUGUAAACAGCUUUGAACAACUAUGUAUCAACUUCACUAAUGAAAAACUACAUAAGUUCUUCAACCACUACGUGUUUGCCCUGGAACAAGAAACGUACAGACAGGAAGAAAUUUCCUUCUCUCACAUCACUUUUACAGACAAUUCCGCUUGUCUUGAGCUAUUAGAAAAGCCACCAAAAUGUGUAUUAAGGCUUUUAACAGAAGAGUGCACAGUACCAAAAGGAACUGACUGUAGUUACGUUAACAAACUUCACCAAGAGUUUGAAAGCCAUAUUAAUUACAUUCGUGGUGAAGAUCGUCGACGUUGGGACCUAGAGUUUGGUAUUAAACAUUAUGCUGGAGAUGUGAUUUACAAAGUUGAUGGUUUCUUGGAGAAAAAUAAAGAUGUCCAACAGGAUCAGUUUUUUGAACUAAUGCAAAAGUCUUCCAGUGUUUUUGUUCAAGACCUUACUAAAUUUCGGGAUUUGCUGGGGGUUACCAUAGCCCGUUUAGGCAGUGGAGCAAGUACUAUUUCUCGCACGUUGACCAAAGGUCGUCCAACUGUUGCUGAUGCCUUCAGAUAUCAGUUGACUGCUCUAGUAGAUCUUUUGCAUUCAACUAACCCUUGGUAUGUACGCUGCAUAAAACCUAAUACCAAAAAAUUACCAAACAAUUAUGAUAUAGAACAAGUAUUGUUGCAGCUUCGAUACUUGGGAAUGUUAGAUAUUAUCCGGAUCCGGAAAGAGGGCUUCCCAAUUCACCUUCCUUUUGUGGAAUUUCUUCAGAAGUAUCGAUGUUUGGUUCGGAAUUUAGAUCACUCACUAGAAUAUUAUAAAGCAAUUGAGAUCAUCCUAAAGUCUCUUAAUGUAGAUACAACAGAAUGGCAAAUUGGGAAAACAAAGGUUUUUUUGAGAGGUUGUGUUCAUGAACCAUUAGAAGAUAGUAGAAAGGCUCUACUCAAGACAAUGGCUAUUGUAAUACAGAAACAUUGGAGAAGAUAUGUUCAGAGAAAAAUGUUUCUAUACCAUCGUCAGGCAGCUGUUACAAUUCAACGAUACUUCAGGGGUCACAAGCAACGAAUACGAUUUGUUCGGAUGAAACGAGCAGCAAUAACUGUACAGGCUUUUAUACGAGGUAUGUUUGCUCGAGAAGUUGCAGCAGCUUUAAGAGAGAUGCGUCGAGUGGAAGCAGAGAUGAGAAGGAAAGAGCAAGAAGAGGAAGAGCAACGAAUAUUGGAGGAAGAACAGAGAGAGCUUGAAGCUGAACAAAAUGAGCAAGAAGAGAAUGAGCCACAAGUUGUGGAAGAGUCUCCCAGAGUCACACAGGAAGAACUUGCAGCUAUUGCUAGUUUGGUAGAAAAAAAUGUUCGACGUGCUCAAGAGGCAUCAGAAUGUAUGGACCUCGAUGAAAUGUUUUCAUUCCUUAGUGAGGUUCAGGAAAGCCGUGCUAAUAUGGAAGAUAUUGUAGCAGAAAUAGGUGAACAAAUGGAUGCCUUAUUGAAAGAUCUAAAUGAGCAUUCAACUAAAGUGCAACAGGAAAAUGCUCCUUCUCCUAGAACAUCUCCUAGUCCUAGUCCUCUUCCACCUCCCAGUCCAGAUGUUUCCACUAGUCAAUCUCCAGAACAAGCUUUGCCUGUUGAUAUAUCUACUAGCAGAGAACAGCUUUCACCUUCCCCACUACCUCCACCAGCACCCACUGCUGGGGAAAGUAUAGUGAAUGGGGAAGUCCACCAACAACUUCUUUCACCUGAUCUGGUUAAUGGCAAGAGUACAGGGUUGUCCGCUCCUGCAUCACCAACAUUAUCUACAGGGAGUCAGGAUGACUGGCGCUUAGCAAGGCCAGUUACCGAGCUACAAGUGUGUGACAUGAGGGGUCAGCAAAAAACUACUGGUAUCAAACGUUCUUUUAAUGACAUAGAUGUGGAAGAUCAAGGGAGAGAAAUCAGGAGAAAACAACGUGUUGAGAAAAGAUUAAAUGAAAUAGAAGCAGAAGAACAAGGAAGAUGGGAUGAUGAAAUUGACCAAUACCAUUUUGAUAUGAUUGAAUUUGCUGAAAAGUAUUUUAAUUUUCAUGAGCGUGGUGUUGGUGGUACAGUGAUGCGAACUCUGAAUUGGCGACGUAAGUCUUCUGGAGACUUAAUGCCAAAGUAUGAAAUGGUGACCUAUACUCGCAAUAGUACCAUCCCUACCUCACAUGUUCAGAUACAUGACCCAGAAAAUAUUUCUAUUGCUUGUUCAAUAUUCAAGGAUCUUUGUAAAUAUUUGCGAGGGGAUCUGAAACCAGAAGGAGAAGUACAGAUUAUACAGAGCAUAAUUGGUUAUGGAAUUGACCGUGAAGAACUAAGGGAUGAAAUUCUUGUCCAGUUAGUCCGUCAGUCAACUAAUAAUCCUUGUAGAGAAGCCACUCUUCGAGCUUGGAUUCUUGUGUGUCUCUGUGUUGUUGCCUUCUACCCUAGCAAGACAUUUGCUAAAUACUUCUACUGUUUUUUAAGAAAGAAUCUUCCGGGUGACCCAAGCAUAGCAAGAUAUGCUCAAUGGUGCAUUGAUAACCUGCGCAGUACGAAGGUUACAGUACGAAAGAUGCCACCAUCGUCCUUGGAGAUUUGUGCUGUAAGAAACAUGGAUCACCUAGUGUGCCGGUUUUACUUUAUGGAUGGGAGGACAAAAGCUAUAGACCUACACCCUUCAGAUACUGCUACUGAUGCUAUGCAAAGAUUAGCUUUUAAGAUUGGUCUGAGGUCAUUAGAUGGAUGGGCUUUAUAUGAAGUGACUCCUGAAGGUGAGAGGGUUGUAAAAGGCUACGAAUACCUGGCUGACAUAAUUUAUCAGUGGGAAAUAUGUCGUAGAACAUCAGCUACAUUGACAAAGUACACAACUUUGUCAAGGAAGGGACCAAAGGAAGCUCUUGGAAGUGGUGAAUGUCAGUUUUUGUUUCGUAAAAGGUUAUUUCGCUCCUCUAGGGAGAUACCGCAAGACCCAGUUGAAGUUAGUCUUCUCUAUGCUCAGGCUGUGUAUGGAGUUGUAAAGGCAGAUGAGUUUCCUGUUACUGAGAGAAUAGCCCUUCAGUUAGCUGGUCUUCAAGCCCAAGUGGCAGUUGGUGAACCGCAGAUAGGAAAACUAGAAAGAUAUUCAGAUGUGGAAAAUUAUCUGUGUCCUCGAAUUUGUAAGGCUAAAAAGGAAGUGGACUGGAUGAGAGAAAUAUCAGAAGCUCACAAGGUAUAUGGUAGUGGAAAGUCUGAGUUGGUAGCUAGAGUUUGGUAUCUGUCAGUGGUUAUGCAAUAUCCUCUCUAUGGAACUGCUCUAUUUCGAGUGGUCUACAAAGGAUACCUAUCAUAUGGCCAUCAGUUGUUGUUAGGUGUGAAUGCUGAGGGAAUAUUAAUUGUAAGCCCUGAGGACAAGAAUAUCUUGAAUGCAUACCGCUACUGUGAUGUUGACUCAGUCAUGGUGGACCCAAGUGAUGACAUGAUUUCCAUUAGUUUGUUAAAGAGCCUCCCUGAUACACACAAAUAUUUCAGUUUUGAAACUUCCCAGAAAUAUGAAGUAGCCAACCUAAUUGCUAGUUAUUCACCAGCACAUGCCAGUUGGUUGAAACCUACUUAUGAACUAGGAAGGAGAGUGAAAUUAACUUUUGAAGACAGACAAAAAUUACAUCAUGAUGUCAUCAAUUGCCGUCGCACGUUGGUAGAUAGUGGAAUGUUGAGGAAGCCUCAAUGUGAAAAUAUUGGAAUCUUCAGAAGUACUUUACGAAGAAUCAGCCGAAACAAGUUAGAAAAAUUUCGCCAGGAAUUUGGUGACACAGACUCUUUUCGCCAUAGUUACUGGGCAUUUACUAAAAUACAACUACCACAUAGUUUAUUAGUGAUAUCGGACCAAGAAGUGGAAGUAGCAGCGACAAGAGUUUUUGCUUCUAUUUUGGCUUACUCUGGCCUUUUAGAGGAAGAGACUACAGAAUGGAAAGGAAAGGCAGAUCCAGCACAGCUGUCACAGUUAAUACUUGGUAACUGUAUGAAAAAAGAAAUACUCUUAAAUGAACUGUUUCUUCAGUUGAUCAAGCAGACAACUGAUCAUCCAGAUCCAAACAGCCGUGUGAAUCUUCGACAUUGGCAGUUGAUGGCCCUUGCAUGCAGUUUGGUAGCUCCUACAGAGAGACGAAUUCUGAGUUAUCUUCAAGCUCAUCUGAGGCGCUGUGCCAUUGAUGAUAUCACAGAGGAAGGACAGUUUGCACAGUUUGCUAUCAAGUCUUUGAUGCGGACGUUGGAGACACGAGGAAGGAAGUGGCCACCUUCAGCACAUGAGAUAGCUUUCACCAUAAAUCGUCGUCCAGUUCACACUCGAGUUUACUUCCUUGAUGGCCAGUACUUGACUGUUGACUUCGAUCCUUGUGCUUGUAUGUUAGAGGUCUUAGAGAAAGUGAAAAUGAAGAUUGACUUGCGAGAAGAUGCUGAGGGAUAUGCCUUGUAUGAUGUCAUGGGAAGCACAGAAAGAGCUUUACAUUUAAGAGAAAAGGUAGCUGAUGCUAUAUCAAAAUGGGAAAGAUGGCAGAAAGGACAAGGAAAGAAUGUUACUACAAAACAGCACUACUUUAUCUUUAAGAAACACCUAUUUGUAGAUAAAUAUAUUGAUCUAAAUGAUCCUGUGGAGAAAGAACUACUUUAUCACCAGGUUGUACACAACAUUCAACAUGAUCGUUUUCCAGUCACUCACCAAGAAGCUCUUAUGUUGUGUGCUAUAAAAGCUCAAUUGGAAGUUGGAGAUUUUCAAGAGGGACUAGCAGAUUAUCGGAGCAUCAUGGCAGAUUGCCUUCCUCCAAGACUGCUCACCACUAUCCCACCAGAAUCUGUGGUGAUACAACAUCAAAUUCUUGCUGGGAUGGAUGUUGACCAGAGUAAACAAGCAUUCUUAGCCCUUGUCCAGUCAUGGCCACUUCAUUGGGCAACUAUAUUUGAAGUUACUCAAUCAUACACAUCAUCAUGGCCUAAGAUGUUAUGGUUGGCAGUUGAUCAAGUUGGUAUCCAUCUGUUAGAGCUACGAAGCAGGAAUAUUUUGAACACCUGUGAAUAUGAGAACAUCAUCAACUACAGUCCUUCAUUGAAUUCUCUAAUGGUUGUGACAGGAACUGGUCGUAAAGGUUGCAAGUACAUCUUUACCACCAACCAUGCCACACAGAUAGCUCAUUUAAUACGAGACUACGCAAAUGCUCUAGUCAUGGAAAAUCGUCCUGUACAAGUAACAAGGAGGCGUAGGGUGCAAGAAUUAAACACAGACGACCCACAUAGUCAGAGGGUACGACCUGUCAGCAUAUUAUAUAAACCCGCACCUUCACUCUCAAUGCAGGAACUAGCCUGAUUGGAGAGAAACAGUAGGUUAUGCAGUUAACUAAAGGUUUGGAAUGUGUGUCUGUAUAAUGCUUCUUGGUGCCUUUUGGACAUUUGAAAGUUUUUAGAAUUUUAAAAGUCAGGUUGUAACCAAUGCAAUGUAUGAGCUGAGAAUAGGUAAGGAAAGACACAAUAAAGCUGUAGUAAUAAUAAUAAAAAAAAAGACAUCAAUAAUUUUUUCUCAUACUAAUAGUUUUAACCUUGUUUUUUGAAGAACAUCUAUGAUAUUCAUAUUAUAUAUCAAACAAUAAAUCCGCAGCACCAAAAGUAGUUUAAAAUCUUUUAGUUACAGCUUUAAGGAUUUUAAAUUUUGUAAUAUCUGCAGGCAAAUAAGUUUAACGUACAAUUACUUGGGUGAUUACACCUUGAACAUCAUUUUAUAGAGGUUUGAAGGAGAUUCUCUGUGUUCAUAAUAUUUCACUCAUGAAAUGUCUAUAUUGUAGAUAAAUUUAAAUGCUAGUAAGAAGAAAUUCUGAUCACUACUGCAAUCACACAGCUCUGACUUGAUUAUCUUUUAUAUCUGUACAUAGAUUAUGUUUUAAAAUGUAUUAAAUAAUAUAGAAAUUGUUAUUAUGAGGUUAAAUUAAUUUUUUAAAGUAUUUUUAGUUUUUAUAGCUACAUAUAAAACUUGUGUAAUUUUCUGUAAAAUUCUCAGAAGUCAUUUUAGAGCAUAAUGAGUAUCAUCUUUUUAUAUCCUACAUUUGUACCACUUUCUGUUUUUGUAUGAUAUGUUGUGAAAUUGAAUUUUUUUAUGGGAAUAUGCAUACAAAAACAUCUGUAGUCAAGACUUGUUGAUAUGAUGCAGAUAAUUCAUAUCUUUUGAAGUUAAGGUAUUAUUGAAGAAUGUUUCUUUCUUUUUUUUGUAAUGGACCUUGCUGUAAAAAUAAACCUUUUUGUUGUUGUAACUCUUCACUGUGCACUUAAACUAAUGAAAGUCCUGAUUUAAAAAUUUUUAUUUUAUGGACAAAUAUUUUUUUGUAAUCUAAUUUCUAAUUUCACUGAAAUUUGUUUAAUAUGACAAAGAAUUGUCUACCUAGUACAAGAUUUUUUGCAUAGUCUGUUUUGUUCCUAAGUUUUUGGUCUUUGAAUACAUUUGGAAAUAAACGAAAACAUCUGGGGGACAGUGAAGAAAUAAAACAAUCCAUUUUGUGGUAGCUUUAUGAAUUGAUUGCUUAUCUAAUGAGAUGUAAUUUUAAGUAUCGUGGUGGAAAGCACCACAGUUUUCUCAGGUUCAAGAACCAGUAAUGUUAUGUACCAAAUUAAUGAAGUGAUUUCUUUUCUUGUACCUUACAGUUAAUGACAUUUCUGAUGUAAUACUUAUUUAAUCAGAUAUUCCACACUCAUCAAUGUGUACAGUUGAAACUUAUUAAGCUUCUUAUCAAGGGACCAUGUUUUUUUGCUGUUAUUGUUAAUUGUUCACACUCACUUAAGGCUCCUGUUUCAUCAGUCUUGAAUACGAAAAUCAGUUAAAUAGUAUCUAACUAAGAGAUCUGUACAAUAGAUAAAAAAGUACUCUCAUAAAACUUAAGUUUUUUUUUAUAGAAAACAAUUGUAACAAAGUAUACUGAGCAGCUACUACAUAACUGCCCAGUUUCAUUUCUGUUACAUUGUGGUUGUGAUAGUCUCUUAAAAAUGUCUCAUUUCAUGCACAGUUGCAGAACUGGUAUAGUAUUCUUCACAAGCCUUUCCUUAUAGAUAUCUUCCUGUCCAGUCAAAUAGUAUACGUGUGUAUAGUAAUAGAAGACUUUAAUUUUAGAUUUUGAGAUAAGUUAUCAACGGGAACUAUUAUAGAAUAUUUAGAGUGUUUAUAGUGGUCAAUAGUUUGUUUUGGGGAUUGGAUUACUAUUAUUGGUUUCCAGGUGUCGGUUGAUAGUAUGGUGUGUCACAUUUUGCUAGUCCACAAAUACUUCAUUUGUUAUUGGUGGAUCUAUUCUGAGAUUCUCUGUGUGAAUUAGCAAAUCCUUGCUGGCAAAGAAAAGAAAAAAAUUAUGCUUGAAUUAACUGCUUUAAAACUGGUUAUCCAGUUUUUACUGCUUAUGAACUUGUUGCUCUAGGUAUUGACAGAUAUCCGUUAGCAUGUAAAUUAGACUUUGCCCCUGAAAGUUACUUCUAGUAACAUAGUUGUUGCUUGUUUUUCGUUAAUACAAUUAUUUCCAAUCUCCUGUUAUUGAACAUAUUUCUUGUGGGGAUAAUGCUCUCAGUACAUUAGGAAAUUCUUGCUGACAAACAACUUGAAACUUCCAAAUUAACUGUUUUAACACUUACCUACGUUUUUCUCUUUAGGAACUUAUACUGACAGUGCAUUCUAAUAUGAAUUAGACCUUACCAGCUAGCAGUGGGGAUACCAUCUUUUACUUCUGUUGCAUUUGUGGUGUUGUUACAAGUUACUGCAUGAUGUCAUUUAUAUGGCCAAAUCUAUCCUGACAAACGAACUAUAUUUGUAGGUCUGAUAGCCUUUGUUUUUUAGGAUACUGGUACUGAUUUAAUGAAAACAUUAAUGUGUGCACUUUUUAGCUGACUUUCACCUUUGUGAAAAAUAAAUGCUAGGCAUUUCUAGUUAAUCCUGUUCUGUAAAUGUUUUUUCUUUUGUCUGUUCAAGAAAGGAUUUGUUCAUUUUCUCAGGAUUUUUAUUUAUUGAAUAAUCGUAAGAAUGAUUAGUCAAUUUCUUUAGGGUUUGAGUACAUAUAAAGGAUAAUUGGUUAGGUUUUAUUAAAACUUUUGUACAUGUUUGCCAUAUAGCUAAUUUGUUUUUUCUAUAAAGAUUCUUUAGUUUAACUUUAAAGUUCAUAUUUCUUUUUAUCAUUUUUUUCUUACAAUUAAAAGUUGUGUUUUGCAGCUAGUGUUAUAGUCCAUUACGUGCAUUUAAAAAAGGUGCAUAAUUUUCAAUUUUGAUACCCCUCACCAUUUAACUCACCUCAUUUCUACCGAAAUGUUGGAAAAUAUGUCUACUAUGCAUUUCUGCCUAAAGAUAAAUCAACAAUUUUUAUAAGACAGGUGAAAUUUUAUCUUUGAAACCACCCUGACCUUGAAUUUUGUUUAAUGGAACAAAAGGGCUAUUUUGAUAAUUAUACAUUAUUUGUCCCAUUUUCAUGCUCCACUUAAUUUGUUUCUGAAUAAAAGCUUUCAUAAUAUACCCUGCCACAUUCUCUUUAUCAAACAUCAUACAAUCUCUCAAUAAUUUAUAAUAACUAGUAACAGCUCUCUCAGAAGAAAGUUAUGCAUGGGUGGCAUUAGAAGGGUUCUUGUUUUGGACCAAAUAUUUUGUUCUUUCGUUAAAUGUCUACAAUUUAUAACUAGUAACAGCUCUCUCAGAAGAAAGUUAUGCAUGGGUGGCAUUAGAAGGGUUCUUGUUUUGGACUACAUAUUUUCUACUUUCUUUGAAUGUCUGUACAGAUCUGCAAGUACAAUGACUAACAUAAAAAUAAAUUUGUCCAAGUGUCUUUUCGAUAAAAAGAGGUAUAUUUUGAAAACUGACUCAGUUCACCAGCGUCAAAAUACAAUUUGACCAAACUGGACCAGUUGUUUGAGCAAUAUUCCAUUCACAAAUGUAGCACAUAAACUGCCCACACGAAUAGCUGGCUUCAGCUGUCAUUUUGAGAUAUAAAAUUAGAAAACAAAGGCACAACCAGAGUUUAAGACAACUCAAUAUCAUUAUAUGAGGGUAACAUAGACAGACAAACAGAAAUAGGGAUUUUUUUUUUGCCACAUUAUUUUAUAAACAUAUUUCUCCAUUCUGUUACUUCACUUAAUAAUUUAGGUAUUAGUAUUGCUAUCAAAUUAUGAAACUGUAUACAGUCAUCUCCUACAUGUGAGUAUGUAUAAGAAAGCAAUAUCAAUGGUGCUACACAUGUAGCAUGGAAAACUUCAGUAUGAGCUAAUUACAAAUAUGGUAAGAGACAAUAUGGAUAAGCACAAAUAUAAUAGAAUGCAGUGUGGGGAACUACAAUAUGAUAAAUGCAGUAUGUGGGGAACUACAAUAUGAUAAAUGCAGUAUGUGGGUAACUACAAAUAUGAUAAGAUACAAUAUGGAUAAGUUCAAAUAUAAUAGAAUGCAGUGUGGGGAACUACAAUAUGAUAAAUGCAGUAUGUGGGGAACUACAAUAUGAUAAAUGCAGUAUGUGGGGAACUACAAAUAUGAAAAAAUAUCACCCGUAUCACGAAAUCUGCUAAUCUAGGCACAGAUAGAAAUAAAAAGUAGACAAUUUUCCAACAUUUUGGUCACCAAGAAUUGAGCUA